AUGUUCACCGGCCUGGUAGAGAAAGUUGGCACUGUCACUGCCCUUGACCCUCAAGAUGACUCCUCCACAGGCGGGGGCGGGACAUCCUUAACAAUUUCGGAUUGUGCAGAAAUACUUACAGAUACAAAGCUAGGGGAUAGCAUAUGUGUCAAUGGGACUUGCCUAACCGUGACAGCGUUCGAUAAGUCAUCGUUCAAAGUUGGGGUUGCGCCUGAAACUCUACGACGGACAAACCUAGGAUCUCUCAAAGCCGGAUCACCAGUCAACCUUGAACGGUCUGUGCUGGCCACGACACGAAUGGGCGGCCACUUUGUCCAGGGCCAUGUAGACACCACCGCAGAGCUCCUCUCCGUAACCCCCGAUGGCAACUCCCUAGUACUUAGGAUGCAGCCUAAGGACAGGAGUUUGCUAAAAUAUGUUGUGGAGAAAGGAUUCAUUGCUCUAGACGGUGCCAGCUUAACGAUUACCAAGGUUGAAGAUGGUGAAGAUGGUUGGUGGGAAGUCAUGCUAAUUGCAUACACACAAGAAAAAAUAGUCACAUCAAAGAAGAAGCCUGGUGAUAGCAUUAAUGUCGAGAUCGAUCUGGUCGGCAAGUACGUCGAGAAGACUGUACAAGGCUACUUUGAGGGGCAGACGAACGGAGAUUCAGCCGCUCUGGAAAAGAUGGUGGAUAGACUUGUCGAAAAGAAGCUCCAGAGCAUGGGGAAGGUUUGA